GUGGAAGGGCAGCAUAGGAAAGAGGAACCGAACCCAGCCUCCUGGUGAGUCACCUCGCUGCUCCAGGACACCGUGACGUUUUGGGUGAAUUCCCAGGCAAUCUGUAUAAAAUAUAGAAUGGCGAGUUACGUGGUGGCCUGCGUGGCCGAGGAGCUGCGGGUGCGGGCGAGCCCUGGGUCCGGCCGACACAGCCACGGUCUGUCGGCAGCCCCGGUUGAGCGCCGAAGGCGCCGUGCUGGAGUCAAAACGCCCACCUGCAGUCACGGCGCUCGCUCAAGAUCUUCGGCGUGGCGUCAUCCUGACAGGAUUUGGGGUUGGUUUUCCUCGUGUUCUCCCUGCUCCUGCCUCAGGGGAGCAUCGGAUAAUUCCCGAGCGCCGCCGUAGGCUGACACGUGCUCGGUGAUACUGCCCAGGAGAAAACAUUUAGUGCCUAGGAAGUUUUUAUCGCUGCGCUUUUAAAAAUGGGAUUUGUCUGAAGGAGGAAGUUGCUCAGCCUCUGCUUCCUCACCUGAUAAAUCUUUCAAGAAGACAAAGGAACAAAAAGGCCAACGUUCAGUUUUGGUGGAAGCGCGGCAAGGCAGCGAGGCAAUGUGGCAUCCUCCUAGAGCUGAUCUGCACGCGGCAAAUGGGGCCGGAUGGGAUGCGGUGCCUUUACCGGUAAAAAGGAAAAUAAAUCAGCAGCAGGAAGCAGAGUGGCCGGUGCUGGAGAACUUUGGGCUGGCUGACAAACGGACAAUGCUGUGUGAGUCAGAUGCACGUAUGGCACUCGCGGAACCGGUCCCCGUGGCUUAUUUUGAUUCAGAUCCUCAAGGGAGCUUCGAGGUGUCCCUGGAUGAUGUACGGCUCAACACUGCAACUAGAACUGCUGAGGUCCACAACAUCGAGACAGUUGAAGAUACUAAGACAGAGGGAUGUCAGAAAGACACUCUCGGCUUCAAAGCCUCUUCCCCUCCCGCCUCCAGUGUGUGGACAACACAGCGAGAUGGAGAGGUCAGACUGAGGAUGGAUGAGCAGGGCAUAGGCAGUGAGGCACCAAAGACCGUUCAUGAGCUAUUCCAGGAAGCUGCUAGUAAAUACGGUGAUUAUUAUGCCCUUGCAUCCAAGAAGGGCGGCCAGUGGAUAAAACUAACAUAUAAGAUGUACUAUGAUGAGUGCUGGAAAGCAGCAAAAAGCUUUCUGAAGCUGGGACUAGAGCGUUUCCAUGGCGUGUGCAUCUUGGGAUUUAAUUCUGCAGAGUGGUUUAUUGCCGACAUUGGAGCUAUCCUUGCAGGGGGACUUGCUGUUGGUAUCUACACUACAAACUCUCCCGAGGCCUGUCAUUAUGUAGCAGAGAACUGUAGUGCGAACAUUCUGGUUGUAGAAAACCAGAAACAGCUGCAGAAAAUCUUAGAAAUUCAGCAUAAACUACCUCAUCUGAAAGCUAUUAUCCAGUACGGGGAAGAGCUAAAAGAGAAGAGACCAAAUCUGUACUCUUGGAGUGAGUUCAUGGACCUUGGCAAAGACAUCCCAGAUACUCAGCUCCAUGAAAUCAUCGAGUCGCAGAAGCCUAACCAGUGCUGCACACUAAUAUAUACCUCGGGGACAACGGGACAGCCAAAGGGAGUAAUGCUCAGUCACGACAACUUGACGUGGACGGCAUCGGCGGCCGGGCGUUUCAUAAUGCUGACGGAUGCUAACGAAAAGCAGGAGCGGGUGGUCAGCUAUCUGCCCCUCAGCCACAUUGCUGCACAGAUGUCAGAUAUUUGGUCGGCAAUGACGUUCGGUGUCCAAGUUUUCUUUGCUCAACCAGAUGCCUUAAAGGGCACCUUGGUAGACACCCUGCGGGAAGUGAGGCCAACGGCUUUUUUGGGAGUUCCUCGUGUCUGGGAAAAAAUGGAAGAAAAAAUGAAAUCCAUAGGCGCAAAAUCGUCAGCACUCAGAAGAAAAGUGGCAUCGUGGGCCAAGGGAGUUGGGUUGCAAACCAACCUGAAGCGGAUGAAUGGGUAUUCUGACGUCCCGGUGAACUUCCGCUUAGCCAGGCACUUGGUGUACAAGAAAGUGCGAAAGGCCAUCGGGCUGGACCGGUGCACAAAGUGCUACACGGGGGCUGCUCCCAUUACCAGAGAGACGCUGGAAUUUUUUUUAAGUCUGAACAUUCCUGUGUUUGAGCUGUACGGCAUGAGCGAGAGCUCUGGGCCUCACACGAUCUCUCUACCUCAUGCAUUCAAGCUUACCAGCUGUGGGAAGGAAGUCACCGGCUGCCGAACACUGAUUCAUAAGCCAGAUGGAGAUGGCAACGGGGAGAUCUGCUUCUCGGGAAGGCACAUCUUCAUGGGCUAUUUGAACAUGGAAGAGAAAACCAAAGAGGCGAUUGAUGAAGACGGCUGGCUGCACUCGGGUGACCUUGGCAAGCAUGAUAAAGACGGAUUCCUCUACAUCACCGGCAGAAUUAAAGAGCUCAUCAUCACUGCAGGAGGUGAGAACGUUCCUCCCGUUCCAAUCGAGGAUGCCGUAAAAGAAGCGGUUCCCAUCAUCAGCAAUGCAAUGUUGGUCGGAGACAAAGCAAAAUUCCUCGCUAUGCUUCUAACGCUAAAGUGCAACAUUGAUGUAGAAACAGGCGAGCCCGGAGACGAUCUCACUCCAGAAGCUAUCGAGUACUGUCAAAAACUGGGCAGCAAGGCUACAAAGGUCUCCGAAAUCAUCAGCAGCAAAGACAAGGCUAUCUACGGGGCUAUCCAGAAGGGAAUUUCAGCAGUCAACGAGGGAGCCAUCUCGAAUGCUCAGAAAGUCCAGAAGUGGGUCCUCCUGGAGAAGGACUUUUCUCUCUUUGGUGGAGAGCUUGGCCCAACGAUGAAGCUGAAGAGAUUAGUGGUGGCACAGAAGUACGAAGACCAAAUCGCUCAGUUUUACGCGGAGGCGGACCCCCCUACCGCCACAGCGGCCGCUCUUCGGCAGUAGCGCGGAGGUUUGUGCCGUGGACUGGAGCAAGCCUGGAGGACGAUCCCCCCAGGAGGAGGAAUUUCAGGAAGGAUUCCCUGGGUUCUCUCGAAAUAAAUGGGGCUCGGCCAUCGCGCAGCCCUUCUGAAAUCGCUUAACUGUACGUGUUCUGGCCCUCCUACCGCAGCGUGGUGGGCGUGUUCGUGCCCCGUGUUUUCCUGUGUCUGUGUUUCAGUGCUGAGAUAUUCCCGAGUGUCUCCUCCGCUUCGUGGUUUUUUUUUUUUUGGUCUUGCCCUUUUUGUAAGGGCAACACAGUGUUUACCUUAAAUCCGUAUUAUAUGUUUUAACCAAAGUUUUUUUUAUUUUCCUGAGCUGAAUGUAAAACAAUCA